AAUUACUAUACCGCUCAGAAUAGAAAAUUUGAUGAAACAAAUAAGAAGCUGUCCUAUUUAUUGUAUUGAUAGAAUUUUACUUCCUGCACAAAAAUGUGCAUCUUCUUUGUCUCGAAUAUUUUCAGCAGGCCAUGUUUACUCAUCCAAAAUGCAGACCAUUGCAAUGAUACAGAAAAUUAUCUUUUGAAUGGAUGUAAAUAGUAGACGAAUAAUAGAAAUUUACCUAAAUAACAUAGUAAGUAGAUCAAAUAAAAUCAAGCAGUAUAUAAACAGUUUAUAUUUCAUACUCUGUUUUCAAAAAUUAUAAGAACAACUGUCAAAAAAAUUAAAUCUCUGAAAAAUUGGGGACUUCAGCCCACUCAGCCCCCUAGUGGUGCCGUGCUUGCAGUGAGCAGUGUUUUUUUUUACUUCUUAAUGGCUGCGUGCGGCAAAUACAUUACCGAAGUUAAAUUGCUCCUUCGCAGCUUGACGUCAAAGGCAAAGUUUUGGCGCGAAAUUUUGGUGUAGAGAAGACUGGAUCGAGUUUUCAGUGGUUGCUUUUCGGGUGGACAGAACAAGCAAGUAAAACGAUAACAAAACGCCAAAAAGAAGUGGCACUGGUGGAGGUUGGAUAGAGAAUUCGACAGAAAACAGAACUUUCAAACUCAGUUUCAGAUCUCAAAAAGAUGAUUGGCAUUAAAGAGGGAGUACAGUCGUCUAUCGCUGUUCCUGUAUUUUUAUCACUACCAGAAGCUUAAUAAACGACUUUUUCUUGGAGGGUUCUCCUUCGGCACGCACAAGAACUGGUGUUGUAGAUGUGUUACUUUCUUUACAACAUCCGGCUCUGGAUUUUGUGAAAUGACGUCUGUAAUUAGCUUUUCAUUAUCAAUUCGUCGUGCUUUAUAGAACCUUCUGGAUCUUGCUUUAGGUUUUUAACUUGAAGCUUUUAUAUGCCAAUACGAUUGCUAUGACUACGUAGCCAAUUCCUAUUUCAUGUUUCCCGAAGUAGAUCAAUUAAGGCUUAUUACUGGCAAACUAGAUUUUUUUAACAAAAAAAUUAAUUCCAGUUAUAUCACCUUAUUUUGGUGGACGUCCAAUCCUCAAUCACCGUUGUUAUUUAUUAUCAAUAUUAUCAAUGAAAUGUUUUUACUAUUUACCCUGGCCUAUCAUAUCACUCUCUUGUUCCCGUAUCAGUGGAACGAACAAACCUAAUAUGCUGCACCUCUGGAAUAUGUUUUCAAAGCAAAUUUUGUAUCGUGACUUUGUAAACAGAAUUUGUGUCACACAGUGCGAACACUAAUCAGUAAGUGCGAAGUUUGGUAUGGCCAUACGAACAGCCAGUAUCUGAUCUGAUAUGUGAAACCUAUACGAAUUCAACCCUGUAUUUUCUGAACUGAACAGGGAUGCAAAAAUAUGACAGGGCAAUGGAUGGCAGACUUUUACAGACAGCAUUAAGAAGAAGGUGAGAUAAGUUAGCCGAGAAAACUCCCAUGAAAAUAUUUUGCUACUGCACCCUACAGUUUGACCUAAAGCAACAUCAAAUUACGUUUUGUCGCACUUAAAUUUGGAAACUAUCAAAAAUUUUAUAGAAUUUUUCCCUACUUCGACUCUUUUCUUUUGAAAGUAUUUUUCAUGUAGAAUGUCUAGUCGUAAUGUCUAGUCAUAAUAAGAAAAAUGUUAAUCCUCCCGCGUAUAUUUCUGUGCAUAUCUUGUUUUAUGCGCUAAGAACGAAGUGCACUACACCCUCCUUAAGAUUUGUUACAAAGCAUUUGAUAACAUUGAGGGUUGUUUGUUACCAACUUGAACCCGGCCAAGUUCCAGUACAAAAUUGAGCCUUGCCGUUAAGAUGGUUGUUUUGUCAAAAAGCUUUGUCAUUGUAUUUGUAUCUGAAGCUCUGAUGGGCAUGGAGCAUUCACUAUAUAACCGACCCUAGGAUAGGACGCUGUGACCACAAGGGCAUUAUCUGCCAUCCCUUCAGCCGCCCUCUGCCCCUUCUGGUAAAAAUCGCUGGAACUGGACCUAGUGAUUUCGUUUCAUUUCAUUUUGAUUCACUUCCACAGAGUAAAUACGUUCAGUAAAUUUAAAUAACUGUAUUGCAAUGUGCCUUGCUUAAAGACGUAAGUAGCCUGAUUACAAAUUAACUUGAAGAUCUAGUACAUAAAAAGAAAAAAAAGUGAAUCAAAAUGAAGGGACACGGAAGUUAAACGCAUGUACUGAAUAGAUGAACGACCUCUUUCUUCUUCAUAAAUGAAUUUAGUUCAGUUUUUUUUCAUGGCUUACAGAAGUAGCAGAUUUUAUUUCAUGGCUUAACUGGUUCCAAACAGUCACUCCUCGAAACGAGAAGCUCUGCUGGCCAUUUGAAGUUUUACCCAGUGGAAUUCCGAGGUCAGUACUGGUACGUAAGGUCCGAUUGCAAGAAACGGACAAUUGUGAAACAUUGACAUCAUAUAGGGAGGUGAAAGCCCAUUCAAGGAUUUAUAUACUAUGCACUCUGUCUUGAAGUCAAUCAUUUCUUUGUCAGCUAACCACCCUAGUUGUGAUUUUAAUGGCAGUGGUGUUUUACCAAAGGGACUGUUCAUUACGAUAUGAGCGGACCGAUUUUGUAGCUUUUGCAAUUUUCUCAGAAUUGUGUCACUAGCACAUCCCAAACUGAGUAACAAUAUCUAAAAUGCGGAUCAACUUUACUUACAACUAGUACAUUCUUUGAAUGGUUUGCAACGGAAGAUAUCUCUUAGAAUAUGUGAGCAUUCCUAUUCCUCGUGAAAUCUUACUGAUAUCAACAUUGUAUUGCUCUUUUCAAUUCGGAAAUAGAUCAAUUUGAGCCCCAAAAUAUUUUAUAUUACUCGUGGAUUAAAUUUUUUCGCCAUUUAUUUGAAAGAUUGGAAUUUUUGUUGAGACAUAUCAGUUUAAUCUUCUGAAGUUUAGUGCAGUACCAAGAAUCGUGCUCUGUGUUUCUGCGACAUUAAGAGGCAAUUUAAUUAUCUGUAGCCGCAAGCUAAGAUUCUGAGGAUCUAAGUUCAUAGCACUGCAUAGGUCAGUGAUUGAUUUCGAGGAAUAGGAGAUACUUGUGUCAUCUGCAUACAUUAUGACCUUCGUUCUUUGCAGGACAAACGACAAGGCAUUGAUAUAGAUAAAAGAUGGGAGUGGGCCAAGGUAGGAGCCCUGAGGCACUCCAAAUUUGAUGUCUUGUAUUACUGAUAUGUUGCCAUUUACUGUUAACAGUUGCAUUGUUUCAUAUUCCUUAGGUAUGAUAUGAACAAGUUAAGUUUAACGCCUUCCAUUCCAUGGAACGCAGCUUUGCUAUGUGAAUAUUGUGGUCGAAAGUGAUGAAGGUGACUCCAGAAAAGAGCCCCUUGUCGAAAUUUAGAUACCAGUCAUUGGUACACUUGGAUGCAUGUCAAUACGGUCUAGCAAGACAGAAGAAAAAGCUUCGAAUGAAAAAAGUAUAAAGACUUCACUUAACUGUUUAAUUUGACUGUCUAUUUGGUUGCAGCCACUUGAGAUGCUGCCUUUGACAUUCAUCGCACUGAUCUAUACUUCUUUUUGUUCUAAUGGACUGGCUGAAAAGCCGACAUUUACUCAGAAGUUUCCAUAUUUUUUCGAAGUCCAAGAAGGUGUCUCGAAAGGUCAUCUCAUUGGCUUUGUGAAUGCAACGGUAUCCAAUGACACUCUCACUGUUCUGUAUGAAACUUCACCGGUGACAAACAAUUCCAUUAUCAUUAACCCUGCCACCGGUGCUCUGUAUGUCAAUGGAGAAAUUGAUGCAGAUGUGCCAGAUAUUCAUGACAUCCAAUUUACUGUUUACGCUUACACAGUGCCCAGCAAAAAAGCUUCAAUUAGUGUGUUUGUAAUAAUCAAUGAUGUGAAUGACAAUUAUCCAAUUUUUCAAAAUCAGCCAUACAAAGCCAAUGUCAGUGAGGAUUACCCCAUCAACACUUUCGUCAUGCGCGUUCAAGCCACUGACGUCGACCGAAAAGGACUUUCAGACCUCAUAUACAAUAUUCAAGGUUGGCAAAAGGAUUCACUUUUCGUCAUAAAAGAAUUUGCUGGAACUAUUUGGACGAAUGGAAAGCUUGAUUACGAAAAAAACCAGUCACACAUCCUAAAUAUAAGUGUAACGGAUGGUCGUCCAACUGACCUUAACCGGCACACUGUUUAUACCACCGUUGAGAUAUUUGUGGCAGACCAUGAUGACCAAGGGGCAAAAUUUGUUUCUUACAACUAUUACGCUUCUAUACAAGAGGGACGGCACAAUGGCACAGCUCUUCUCCAAGUGCAUGCCACUGACCUCGACAAGGGUAUCAACGCUCCAGUCACCUACAGCAUCUUAGCAGAAAGCAACCGAAAUGGAAUCUACCAUAUUGAUAGCAAGACUGGCCUGAUAACUGCUAGAGGAGAAAUUGAUCGUGAAACCUCUGGAAGCUUGUUUUAUCUUGUUGCCCAGGCAACGUCGACAUCUCACGAGCCUGCAACUGCAACCAUAGUCAUUUCAAUCAAUGACACGAAUGAUAAUGGGCCAACCUUUCAACGAAGUCAUUACACUGGAUUCGUUCUGGAGAACUCAUUGAUUGGAACUACGGUGAUGCAAGCCUUUGCUCAAGACCCAGAUGCUGGAAUCAACAAAGUUCUUGCUUACAAUAUUGAGGGAGGACGUGAAAAAUUUGGCAUAAACUCUGAAGGUUACAUUUUAGUCAAUGGAAGUUUGGACAGAGAAAGUGAUGAAAAAUUUGACUUUCAGGUUUAUGCAUAUGAAACGCUUACCAAAGAACAGCGUAAAACGUCCGCAAAUAUCACAGUAUUCAUAAAAGACGUCAACGACAACUCUCCAAUUUUCGAAAAAAGUGCAUUUGAUGUUGAAAUAGCGGAAGAAUUGGCUCCUCCUCAAUUUCUUUUACAGAUUAAUGCAACUGACAAGGACUUUGGCUAUAACAGUGUCAUUUCCUACGCGAUAAUUCCUGACGCUGAGAACAGAGACAAACAUUUUCGCAUUGAGUCACAGACUGGGAAGCUUUAUACUGCGAGCAGAUUGGAUCGCGAAAGCACACCUUCUUUCGCACUCCUGAUCAAAGCAACAGACCACGCAGUACCAGGCCAAAAUAGAGACUCCAUAUGUACAGUUAAGGUCAAAGUCGUUGACGUAAACGACAAUUCUCCAGAGUUUGCUCAAAGUAAAUAUUUUACAUCAAUAAACGAAGCUGCGAGUUUGAAUACAAUUGUAACUGCAGUUCAAGCUUCUGAUAAGGAUGAAGGAAUAAAUGCAAUUUUGCGAUAUAGCAUUUUGCCAACAAACAACUCGGAUUUUUUUGAAAUAGAUUCCAACAGUGGCCUGAUCAAAACUGCAAAGGUGCUUGACCGUGAGAAAAAGGACUUUUUCAGCCUUUAUGUUCAGGCAAUGGAUGGAGGCAAUAAGUCUUCUUCUGUUCCCGUUGCUAUAAAUAUUAUAGAUGUAAAUGACAAUUCCCCAGUCUUCACAAAGCCAGAUGGCUACCACUUUGCCGUGGUAGAGGAAAAAGGUGGCCAAUUUGUUGGAAACGUGAAGGCCGUUGAUAUUGAUGAAGGACCAUCUGGUGAAGUAAAAUAUUCAAUUACAAAUAGCGAAUGGUUUCAGAUUGACGCAUUAAAUGGCACCAUAACGACAGCUAAAAAGCUUGAUCGAGAAACAGUUGGCGUCCAUAAAAUUACAGUUGUGGCUGAGGAUUUAUCCAGCAUUGCUCCAAGGAACAGCUAUACUCAGGUUGAGAUCACUGUGCUUGACGUGAAUGACAACUCACCAAGAUUUGCAGAUCCCGCUUCCUAUUCAGCUGUGAUACGAAAGGAUGCUGAAGUUGGCUCUUUCGUGUACGGUUUCAGAGCGCUUGAUCCGGAUAUGGGGGUGAAUGGCCAAGUGACCUAUUUUUUAAGUGGCGAGUAUAGAGGGUUGCUUUCAUUGAGCAACGAUACUGGGGACCUACGAGUGAAUGCACCUUUGACCAACUGGACAAAUGGCUCGAUGGUAGUUAGAAUCAUCGCACAAGACAGCGGAGAACCAGUUUUAUCCAGCACUGCAGAGCUGUUUGUUCACUUUUCAAAUGUUGUUAAAAAUGCACCGGUUAUUAGCCCACCGUUAAUCCAAGUUUCAGUCAACGAGAAUGCAGAAAUAGGAAGUUUAGUGUACGAUAUCAACGCACAGUACGAUGGAAAAUCUGAAGAGGUGUCGUUUCGAUACUCAGUUAUCCACGGUGAUGAGUCUUGUUUUAAAAUAAAUUUUGAAACUGGAAAGAUUACCACACUCAAAAAAUUGGACAGAGAGCUGACUGCUAAAUAUACACUCAUAAUCAUGGUCCAGCUUCGACAACAAACUGAAGCUAACUUUGCUACUGUGGCCGUAACUGUUGAGGAUGAAAACGACAACCCGCCAAUGUUUGAGAAGAGCAUCUUUUUUGCACGUGUAUACGAAAACCAACAUGCCAACACAACUGUGAUGAAAAUUACGGCAUUAGACCAAGACGAUGGAAUAAAUUCCAGAAUCUUUUAUCAUCUAAAUGGAAGCGACGAAUUUGCUGUUAAUGAUGAAUCAGGAAUUAUAUCAACCACGGUUAUUUUGGACAGAGAAAACACUUUUGAAUACAACUUAACACUCACUGCGGUGAAUGCUUUGUCGACACCGAGGCUAACGUCUUCGUGUCAAAUUCAAAUUCAAGUCUUAGAUCUAGAUGACAAUGCACCAACAUUCGCCAAAGACGUUUACCAAGCAGUUGUUGUUGAGAAUUCCCCUGUCGGAACUUCAGUUCUAAAAAUGACAGCUUUUGAUAGGGACAAGGGCACGAAUGGCUUUGUAAAGUACGAUCUUGAGCAAGCUGACUGUUUUUUCAUUGAAUGGGAAACGGGUGUAGUUCGAACAUCAUGUGUCAUUGAUCGGGAGAAGACACCAUUUUUCACGCUGGCUGUAACUGCGAAAGGGAUAGUCUCACCCUACUUAUCAUCCAUUGCAAAGUUGCAAGUUACCAUCGUUGAUGUUGAUGACAAUCAUCCGCUGUUCACGUCAAAAAUUUUCAGGUUCAAUCCGAGCGAAUAUUUACAGCCAGGAUCCAUCGUUGGAAACCUAAGCAUUGCUGAUAAUGAUUCUUUCAUUGGAAAAGUUUCGUAUGAGUUAUACUCAGGAAAUGAAGAAGGUCACUUCCUUCUAAACAACGUGACAGGAAGGCUAAUUUUGAAGAAAAUCCUUGAUAGAGAGGUUACACCCAGCUUCCAGCUUCAAAUUCGUGUCUACAGUUUAGCAGCUCAAAGUAUGGUUGUUCGAAGCAAAAACGCUAGUUUGCCGUUUGAUCAAGCCAUGAUUGUCAUAAAUGUUAAUGAUGUCAAUGAUAACGCUCCGUUUUUCAUCAAAGAUACUUUCAUUGCAGCGGUUCGUGAAGAUGCCAAAUUCAACACCGUCAUCGCUCAAAUUUACGCAAACGAUAGUGAUAUAGAAAAUUAUGGAUCACUGAAAUACGAGAUAGCAUCUGGGAACGAUCAGGGACUGGUUUCAUUGGAAGAGCUAACGGGUACAAUAAGAGUUUCCAAAUCUUUGGUUGGAGAUGCUAGGCAGUCUUUGAAAUUGUAUAUCACAGCAAGGGAUAAUAAAGGCGAAGCUCCAUCAAAUCAAGCUGCUAAUAUGGCAACAAUCGAAAUUCACAUAAUUGGAGAUAAGCAAACUGGUAUUGUUUUGGUGGAGGCCCCUGGAAGCUAUGUCCACAAUCAUGUAUCCUUGCUAGAAAGCAUACUUAGCAAUGCUACAAAUUCUGUGGUUAAAAUUGACAAGAUCGUUUCAACCGUUAACAAAGAACUGUUCAUGUUGUAUUUUCAUGCCAUACAAGAAAAAAGCAAAACGGUAUUGAGCACAGAUGACAUUGCCAGGCUUAUCGCGGUACCUGGUCCUUCCAGUUUACUGCUAAAAGGUCACAACAUUUCAUGGUAUUCAAAGGACAUUCCUUUAUCUGGCAAGUCCACAUCCGAACAGAAGAGCAGCGUCGAAAUAUAUAUUGGUGUUAUCGCGUCCAUUGCAAUUCUUCUCAUGUUGACAUGUGCCUUUGCGAUUUGGGCAGCGUGCUCUAGGCGGAAAGGAUUUUCAAAGGUACCUAGAAAAGACUGUGAGGCCACUCAAUUAAGUUUGAGAUCAGCUGAGAAAAAUCAUUCUGUUUCGGCCCAGCUGGAAACGCAAACAAACACUUUGCAAACAUUUUCUGAACCAUUCACUGUCGGCUCUAUCAGAAGUGCAAAGUCUACUAGCAGGUACAUCAUUGAACCUUAUGAAUCAAACCAUAAUAUUGAAAUAGAAGACAGAUCAGAAGACCCCGAAUCACACUUAAGCGAAAACCCAUUCUACAUUGUCGAGGCAUAUGACGAAAUGACAGGGAGCACCCAGCCAAGCUACCUUGAUUCUGGCGCAAAGCAAUCGAACACAUGGAUGUAUGGAGGGACGGUUGGCCCAUCCGAUGAUGUUGAUGAUGUAGUUGAAGCAAAGCUGCAGGGUUUAACCGAAUCACAAAUCGAAUUUUCUUUGAUGAACCGAGCGGGAGCCGUCAUUGCAGACGAUACUUUUGUAUCUAAGGAUUCACUAACAACGGGGGGUCCGCUUUUUACCAGUGAAAAACUAGAAGAUACCGUGGCCAUAGGCAGCAGUAAAGCGGAAAAAUUGGAAAGGGAACCAGGAAGCAGUAUUUCUAGCGAUAAUGAAAGUGAAGAACCCUGCGAAGAUUCAUGUGAAACGGACGGCACUUUGGAUAUCGGACCAUUUAGUUGUGAACCGUCAAGUGCACAAUCAAGUGAUCAAACAGUGGAUGGCACCCGGACUGAUUCACGGACUGAUUCAAGGACUGAUUCACGGACUGAUUCAUGGACUGAUUCACGGACUGAUUCACGGACUGAUUCAGCGCCUGUAAGCUCAAUACCUUUUUGCAAUGCAACUUAUUCAACAAAUCCUUUUUCAUUGAUGUCCGAGCGAUUACCAGCAACUGACCCAUUGGUAGAUACCUCGCUUGACUCUUCAAGCAAUGUUAAAGAUGUGAACCAAAAUGAAAGAAAACCAAGUGAAUCGAGAAAACGACCGUCAUUGCCCGUCAUAAAAAAACAGUGGGAUGAAGACAUUGACGUUGCGGUGUCCUACUUAUAA